UUCAGCCGGGACCCGGGAAGGAAGUGCCUGAUGCUGGCCCUGUGUAGCUUAGGUUUUUCUUUUUCCUGCAGUUUUUAGCUCAGAAGAAUUGCCCACCAGGGAAUCCCUCCAUUUCUUCCCAGACGUGGGCACAUGUGGCUCUCUCAGGGGUCCCACAAUCGCAAGCCGUGAGUGCUUGGGUGUGUUUAUAUUCAUUGCACACUUAUUGAAAAGUGUGUAUGUGUGUUGGGGGAGGGGCAUCAAAGAGAGAGAGGAAGAGAAGGCCACUGGGAGACCCACUGAUUCUGUGACCAUUUGAGCACUCUGUAGUCGGCAGCUUCUGGAGCCAGGCGUUCCCCAUGGUACACAGCUCAGAGAUGACACUCUCCUGGAAAAUCCUUCUGGUGGCUCCUCUGUUCUUCCUCCUACCCCUUCACUCCUCGGCCUCGCCAGCCUACCGCAACCAGCUGGGCACCACCCACUUCAACAGCCACACCUGUGUAGGAUGUGUGCUGGUGGUUUCCGUGAUUGAACAGCUGGCUCAGGUUCACAACUCAACUGUGGAGGCCUCAAUGGAAAGAUUGUGCAGCUACCUGCCUGGAAAACUGUUUUUGAAAACCACCUGCUAUUUAGUGGUUGACCUGUUUGGAUCAGACAUCAUAAAACUGCUUAGUGCGCAGAUGAAUGCUGAUGUGGUGUGUCACGCUCUGGAGUUUUGUAAACGGGACAGCGGCCAACCUUUGUGUCAUCUCUACCCUCUUCCCAAGGACGCGUGGAAAUUCACAGUAGAGAAGGCGAGACAAAUAGUCAAGAAAUCCCCGACUCUGAAAUAUUCUAGAAGUGGUUCUGGCAUUUGUUCACUCCCAUUUUUGGCCAAGAUCUGUCAGAGAAUUAAACGAGCUAUUGAAACCUCUGUGCCAUUCGAAGAUGUAGAUUCAGACAAAUACAGCAUUUUCCCAACACUGCGGGGCUAUCACUGGCGAGGGCAAGACUGUAAUGACAACAACAAGUUGGUGUACCCGGGCAGAAGGCCAGACAACUGGGAUGUACAUCAGGAUACAAACUGUAACGGCAUCUGGGGUAUUGAUCCGAAAGAUGGAAUUCCAUAUGAGAAGAAAUUCUGUGAAGGUUCACAGCCCAGGGGAAUCAUUUUGCUGGGAGACUCAGCGGGGGCUCAUUUUCACAUUUCUCCAGAAUGGAUCACCGCUUCCCAGAUGUCUUCGAACUCCUUCUCCAAUUUACCAACAGCGCUUAGUGAUGAAAUCGACUGGCCUCAACUCUCCGGUGUUACUGGAUUUCUGGACCCCACCAGCAGAAUUAAAGAAAAAUCUAUUUACCUUCGGUUACGGGAAAGAAACCACUGCAAUCACAGGGACUACCAGAAUAUUUCAAAAAAUGGUGCAUCUUCCCAAAACCUGAAGAGAUUUUUAGAAAGCUUGUCUAGGAACCAACUGUUAGAUCAACCAGCCAUCAUUAUAUAUGCCAUGAUUGGAAAUGAUGUCUGCAAUGGGAAGGCUGACCCAGUUCCAAAAAUGACCACUCCUGAGAAAUUGUACUCUAAUGUCAUGCAGACUCUGAAGUACCUCAAUGCCCACCUGCCCAAUGGCAGCCAUGUUAUUUUUUACGGCUUACCAGAUGGAACCUUUCUCUGGGAUAAUUUGCACAACAGAUAUCACCCUCUCGGCCAGCUGAAUAAAGAUGUGACCUAUGCGCAGAUGUACUCCUUCCUGAACUGCCUCCAGGUCAGCCCCUGCCACGGCUGGAUGUCUUCCAACAAGACGCUGCGGACUCUCACUUCAGAGUCAUACAGGAGUGGCAGGAGAGAGGCGGGCAGCCCUGGCAGCUCAUUGAACCCGUGGAUGGAUUCCACCCCAACGAGGCAGCUUCGGUGCUGUUGGCAGAUCACUUCUGGAAGACUGUGCAGCUCCAAUGGCCCCACAUCCUGGGAAAGGAGAAUCCGUUCAACCCCCAGAUUGAACAGGUGUUUGGAGACCAAGGAGGGCACUGAGCCUCCCGGGAACAUGCAUCCCGGGAGCGCGGGGCUGCAGAAGCCGGGUGAGCUCACACAGCAGGCUGUUAUGGGGGCUGCUUCGUUACAGGCCCAACAGCAUCUUUGCAAAAUGCUUUCCUCUCAAUUAAGACUGUAUCUGAAUGAUAGGGCAAUGCUGUGUGCUUCUGGGGUCAGUAACCCUCCAACUAUUCCAGAAAUAACCUUUAAUAAAGUGCUCUGAGUGCCAGUCCCUAGCAAGAGAGUCUCUGCACACUAACAGCUAAUUACUCCAAAAAGGGCUUCUAAAAACACAUAAGAAAUCCAGCAAUGUUUGGCAGUUCACCCAGGGUCUUGGCAUGCCUGGGAACAGAUUCUUCCUCUGUUGCUGACUUCUUAAGGACAACCUGAUGAGCCGAGGCUCCUCCCAGGAUGCCAGCUGCCACAUGCCAAGGGCCAGCACAGGUGGGCACAGUCCGGCUUCAUGGGCCCCCUCUGAAAACAGAACACAAAACUCUAAAUACAAAACUUGAAUAUUCAGAGUGAGGAAAGAAAUCAUAACAAAUUACAAAUGUUUAAAAUAAGCACCACAAAAUCCUGAAAAAUGACAAAUUUUUCCUUCAAAAGAUGUUCUUACAUUCUUUAGCUACAUUACCUGAUCACCUCUUUAUAUCAAUGACUUUGUGAUA